AUGGCUCUGCUUACUGGAACUUGCCCGUCUUCUCCAUUUUCUUUCUCAGUUGUUUCAUCCUCCAAAGAAACAAAUUCGAAGCCGGUGAAGCUGAGGGAUGAUUGGAGGAAGAAGUCCAAACCCAUUCCUCCAGGUGGGACUUAUCCUGCCAAGGACCAUUGCAGCAAAUGUGGACUCUGUGACACUUACUAUAUUGCACAUGUCAAGAAUGCCUGUGCUUUCCUUGGAGAUGGCAUGUCUAGAAUCGAAGCCCUGGAACCGGUAAUCCAUGGCCGAGGACGGAAGGCAGAUUCACUUGACGAGAAUUAUCUUGGGGUAUAUGAAGAUUUGUUGUAUGCUCGGAAAAUCCAGCCGGUUGAAGGAGCUCAGUGGACUGGUAUAGUGACAACAAUUGCUGUUGAAAUGCUUAAAGCGGGAAUGGUAGAAGCUGUUAUCUGCGUACAGAGUGAUCCUGAAGAUAGAUUUUCCCCCCGACCUGUUCUAGCAAGGACGCCAGAGGAAGUAAUAGCAGCAAGAGGUGUUAAGCCGACUCUGUCCCCUAAUCUUAAUACCCUUGCCUUGGUUGAGGCUGCAGGGGUGAAGCGCCUUCUUUUCUGUGGUGUUGGGUGCCAAGUGCAAGCAUUGAGAUCUGUUGAAAAAUACCUAAAUUUGGAGAAGCUUUAUGUUCUGGGCACUAAUUGUGUGGAUAAUGGAACAAGAGAAGGCUUAGAUAAAUUCCUGAAAGCAGCUAGCAGUGAACCAGAAACUGUUCUCCAUUACGAGUUUAUGCAAGAUUACAAGGUACACUUGAAACAUUUGGAUGGUCAUAUUGAAGAGGUUCCCUAUUUCUGUUUACCAGCAAAUGAUCUAGUUGAUGUCAUUGCACCAUCUUGCUACAGCUGUUUUGACUAUACCAAUGCUUUAGCGGAUUUGGUGGUGGGAUACAUGGGUGUUCCAAAGUAUAGUGGUGUCAGCAUGCCACAGCAUCCACAGUAUGUUACUGUCAGGAAUGAAAGAGGCAGGGAAAUGAUAAAACUAGUGGAACACCUCUUGGAAGUUACUCCUACAAUUAGUAAGGGUGAUCGGCGACCAUUUGUCAUGGAGACAGUGAAGGCUGAUGAUAAUGCCAAGUUUGGGCGAGGUCCUCCCCAACCUGCCCCAAAAUUUGUUGGAAACUUCAUAGCAUUCUUGUUAAACCUUUUUGGGCCAAAAGGUCUUGAAUUUGCCCGGUAUUCCCUGGACUACCAUACAAUUAGAAAUUAUUUGCAUGUAAAUCGCGUAUGGGGAAAAGAAAGAGCUGAUAGGCACAUGCCAUCAUACUCUAAGAAAAUUGUUAGCAUGUACAACCAGAAUGGGGAAAUCGACAAGAUGCUCCUAACUGAGUAA